UUGGAGAUGUGGGUGUUGUGCCAUCAGACCACAUGCCUUUGGCAAAUACUAUUCUAAUUCAAUGGUGUGUCAAAUGUGUCAAAAAGCUUAUAGAUUUUUGCCUGACAAAACCCAACAAAUUUCCAGAUGUGUCAAAAAGCUUAUACUUUUCUAAUCUGUUUCUGUCGUAGUUUCCUGCUUUCAGUGUGCAGUAGGUAUUUCUUUUAUAUACUUUCUGUGGUGCCUAUUGUUGGUAAUAAAUUCUUAUUAAUUAUAAAAAAAACUUUUACGUGAUCUUCUGGACCUUUUUGUACCCCCCACAUCAUUUGACUUGGUCGAUAUGAUGUUUGCCUCGGAUAAAUCAAAAUGAUAAAGAUGAAGACUUGUGGGGUUUCCAGGAGAGGAAAAGUUCUAUAUAUAGGACCAUUAUUCCCAACCUCUGGAGUAUCCCAGUAUCUCAUCUACGAAAAGGAAAAAAAAAAAAAAAAAACCAUUUCUUCUAAAAACAAAAGCCAAUUGCAGCCAUGAAGAUUCCAUCAACUUCACACGUCCACAUGCUGUCAUACCUCGUCUUGUUGUUGCUUCUCCCCUUGCUUUCCUUUGCAGCCGACCCUGAUUCAUUACAGGAUUUCUGUGUGGCGGAUCUGAGUGCCUCUAUAUCAGUUAAUGGCUUCCCUUGCAAACCUGCCUCGGAAGUAACUUCAGAUGAUUUCUUCUUUGAUGGUUUAACCAAAGUGGGUGACACAUCAAACAUCUUUGGCUCAAACGUCACUGGAGGUAAUGUCCUUACUUUUCCUGCACUCAACACGCUUGGGAUUUCAAUGAACAGAGUGGACUUUGCACCGGGAGGAGUUAAUCCACCCCACUCUCACCCUCGUGCAACCGAGAGCGGCGUGAUCAUUGAAGGGAAGCUACUUGUGGGGUUUGUGACAACUGGAAAUGUGUAUCACUCUAAAGUCUUGACUGCUGGGCAGAUGUUUGUCAUUCCUAAAGGACUUGUACACUUCCAAAAGAACGUUGGAGUAGGGAAGGCCCUUACCAUUGCGGCUUUCAACAGUCAGUUACCAGGGGCUGUGGUCCUUCCCUUUACUCUCUUUGCUUCAACACCCUCGAUUCCAGAUGAUGUUCUAACGAGGGCCUUCCAAGUAGAAGAACAGGUUGUCCAAUCUAUAAAGUCGAAGUUCAGUUCUUGAACUAUGACCUUCCACUCCAGAUAAUCUCCCCUUUAUCUGAAAAUUGUGUUGUAGUAAUUCUUUUGAUUUGAGGUUGCCUGCCUCCUAUUCUUGUGUUGUUAUUCUUUGUGUUGAUUCAUUUUGUUGAUUUGAAGUUCAGUUCUUG